AUGUUAAUUAUUGCCCCUGUAAGCCUUAGCUCUUUCGGCAUUAAAUGCCGGGUACAUAUAUGUUGCAGCUUAUAUACUCUAACCUGGUAGUACCCUUAUCAGACCUUCCCGGAAUACCAGCUGCGGGUUGUAGUGGGGCGCAUUGUGAGCACGACAGUACCCCCUUGCUAUUAAUUUGAUCCGUGGAGUGAAUGAAUUCGGAAGAGUCAUCGAAUUGAACUCCGAAUGAUGCCUAGCUUGUCGAAGGAUAAGGGUCACUAGCUGAAUUAUGAAAAAUGGAAUCGAUUUCUCAUCUUUCGAUACUGAAGGGCCCGAUCAGAUCGCUGAAAUCUGAGCUAAACUUGUGCAGAUUGUUCGAGGAGGUAGUAGUCGGCAGUGCGGAAGAAUUGGCGUUGAUUUUCGAAGAUCGCGGGGCAGUCAAGACGACCAGUUACCAUGACUUGAAUGCAACUGCAAAUCGAAUUGCUCGCUUGAUUAAAGCCACCAUCGUGGAGAAGUCGAUUCCACGCAAUGCAGAUGGAGAUUACAUAGUGGCAAUUUGCAUGCAGCCGAGCGAUAAAUUAAUCUCAGUACUUCAGGCAGUUUGGAAAGCUGGUGCUGCCUACUUGCCUCUGGAUCCGACCUUCCCUGCUUCGCGCAUCGAGCACAUCCUUCGGGAAUCCAAGCCGGCUCUGGUGAUCUACGAGAAUGAGGACAAGAGUUUUGGUACGGUCUCCAAGUUCUCUGUGAAGGAACUGUUCUAUUUAUCACAUGAGUAUGAUUCUGGAAAUCUCGAGGAUCGUUUGAGUUCAAAAAAAGAUGAUUUAGCCAUCGUUCUA